AUGUCGCCCCAAAAACCAUACAAUGCAUGCUAUGCAUGUUUACUGAGCUCAGAUAACUGCUUUUGUGUGAUUUCCUGUAUGGGCUGUACUUGGAGCUUGAGUCGAGCCAUGGAAGCACAACGUAGCCAAACAGAACAACAUGUCGCUUGCUGGCUGUACUUGUACCGAAUAUUGACCUUAUACAUAUACGCGCCUUCACUCUCGUUAAGUUACGGGAAUGACACUCCCUGCAAACGACGCCUUCUCGCUAGGUCUCGCGCACGACCAACCUCGUCGCUCGAGCUCCCGUUCCCGCACCCCUUCCCUCCCGCGUCGCUCUUCGUCCCCCAAAUUAUCUUUUUCUUCGCCUACUCCACCUUCCUCCACGUCAAGCAGCGUUGUCUUCUCACCACAGCCAGUAAAUGGAAUGCCUAUGAAGAGAGGACAUAAGCGCAAGGCAUCUGCAAGAAACGGUUCUCAACAGCUGAAACAGAACGGAGAGCCGACGAUAGAGGAGCUCGUUGAGGAGGUGGAUGCGCGGAUAGCACGCGAACGCAAGCUGUCCCCUGGCAGCUCACCCGAUAAGCGCCAGACAGUCAAAAAACAGAUUGAUUGGGAGAUUCCUCGCAAGGCGUUGCAUUCAUCCAUUGGUUUCUUUACGAUAUACCUAUACACAUCCAAAGGCAAUCCACAAACGGUUGUUAUUGCCUUGAGCUCUGCCCUUGCUGCUCUUGUUCCAAUAGAUAUUCUCCGUCUCAAGUACCCUCUCUUCGAACGCGCUUUUGAGAAAUGUGUCGGGAUCUUCAUGCGCGAUAGCGAGAAGAAAUCAUCCAAUGGUGUUAUAUGGUAUAUUCUUGGCGCUAACACUGCGCUAAUAGCGUUUCCGCUUGACAUCGCAGUCGUAUCUAUCCUUAUCCUUUCCUGGGCUGACACAGCCGCAUCUACCUUCGGCCGUCUCUGGGGCUCACUCACGCCCCCGCUUCCUGCACGACUCCUUGGUCUCCCUCUUGCCCCUCGUAAAAGUCUGGCAGGCUUCAUCGCAGCCUCACUCACAGGCGCCGCUGUCGCUGCCGGAUUCUGGACGUGCUUCGGCCCGAUAAGAGACAACUCGACGUGGUCCUGGGACGCUGGUGUAUCAAGUACAUUUAGUGGUGGAAGUGCGGAUGGUGGGAAGGUCUUCAGCGGUUUGACAGGUCUCGCUGUUGUGACUGUGUGCGCGGGGUUAGUCUCGGGCGUUGCUGAAGCACUUGAUUUGGGUUCCGUGGACGAUAAUCUCAGUCUACCAAUAAUCGCUGGCGGCUGCCUAUGGGGACUCUUCAAAGUCCUUGGCUGGCUAGGCGAUAUACUUUUGUGAUAGAUUCCCCUCUUCAACUUCUCCGCUGUGAUCUUCACCUUCACCUUCAAUCAUCGAAAUACUUGCAAUUUCAGUGCUGCAUACGUUCAAUUUUCCAGUGGUGGAUAUUUUACUUACCUGGCUCACGAUAGUGAUGACGAGAGUGAGACGAGACGAUUAUGAUGACGACGGAUAGUAUAUUAACCGAUUUCAUGCGUUUGUCCGUGCUGCUUAUAAUGUGCUAGUUAGUAGAAGUAGAGUUACUAUAGUCAUGCAUCCAUAUACCGA